AUGUCAUCCGUGGACUACGUCUUUUUGAUCUUGUUCCUCGAUUUGGACUUCAAUGAUAUUCCACAACUUGCCAGUCGUUGGCAUAUUGAAGAUGCAGUUUGGAGAUGGUACGAGGAACAAUUGAAGACAAAUGAGUAG